AUGGCGUCAAAUCAUAUCAGGAAGGUAGCAAUCGUUGGGGCCGGCGGCAACAUUGGCAGCCGUAUCGUCGACGCACUUCUGGCAACAGGCAAGCACACAGUCACUGCCAUAACCAGGAAAGACACAACAUCCAAAUUUCCCGAGAAGGUCAUGCCGGUAUAUGUCGACUACAACGAACCUGAAACGAUAUUCAACGCUCUGCGAGGUCAAGGCGCAUUGAUCAUCACAGUAGGGUUCUUCGCCCCGAAGAAUCUGAGCACGCUGCUGGUCCAAGCCGCUGCAGAAGCAGAAGUGCCUUGGAUUCUACCCAGUGAGUGGUCUCCUGACUCUGCACAUGAGGGUCUGGUGAGAGAUAUUAGCAGCUUGCAGAACAUGCCGAUCGUUCGCGAAGAGAUCAAAAUGCUGGGCAAAAGUUCGUACGUUGCUCUCUGUUGCGGACUGUGGUAUGAGUGGUGUCUUUCGACACCAGUCUUGUUCGGGAUCGAUUGUCUUGGAAGAAAAGCGACUUUGUUCGAUGACGGGAAUACAAAAAUCAACACCUCGACACUGGCCCAAGUUGGACGAUCUGUGGCGGGGCUGCUGAGUCUUCCGAUCAAGAGCGAAGACGGUGCAUGUUUGGAUCGAUUUCGCAAUCGUCAUGUUUACACAUCAUCUUUCUGUAUCAGUCAGAACGAUAUGCUCGAAUCCGCCUUUCGGGUCACAGGCACUGACCGAACGCAAUGGACAAUCGAGAAUCGACCAGUCGAAGAAUACUACAACGAAGGCGUUGCGGCUAGGAGGCAGGGUACCAUGAGGGAGAUUGGUAGGCAGGUGUACUCUCGCGUCUUUUUCGAUGAUGACUCUGGCAAUUUCGAGAAGCGAGUUGGGUUAGCCAACGAGAUCCUCAACCUGUCUGGAGAAGAUUUGGAUGAGGCUACAGCGACCGCUAUAAGCUUGCAGAGGCAGACGGACCUAUAG